UCAUUUCCUCAAUAAUAUCUAGAUAUGCACUCAAUAAAGGAGCUACAACAUUUGCUGUAGAUGUUAAAGAUGCUAUUAGUAAUGAUAGCUCACAAAGCCAUCAAUCUGCCUUUAAGAUCUCCCACCGCCCUAUGCAAAGAUGUGAAGCUGGACUGCCAAACAAAGGAUCAACAGGUUGUGAACUUCUCAUAAGAGGGAACAAAGGGAAGAAACAGAGCAAGGCCUGAUCUUUGAUGGACUGAGGGAAAGAUUCACAACUUGUUUGCAUUUCCGUCGGAGUGCAACUUUUCAGGCAAAAGGUUCAACCUUGACCUGGUGAACAUUGUGAAGGAAGGUUCAAGCAGCUCUCUGUCUCAUAGAGGCCAAUGGCUGGUUCUGAUUGAUGCUGCUAAAGGAUGUGCGACAGAGCCACCAGAUUUGACCAAAUACAGGGCAGACUUUGUUGUCAUCUCAUUCUACAAGAUGUUUGGAUACCCAACUGGCAUUGGUGCACUAAUUGUAAAAAAUGAAGCUGCGAAACUACUGAGGAAGACCUACUUUAGUGGAGGCACUGUUGCUGCUACUAUCGCCGACACUGACUUCUUCAAAAGAAGAGCAGGUGUGGAGGAGUACUUUGAGGAUGGAACAGUAUCAUUUUUGAGCAUAGCAUCAAUUCUGCAUGGACUCAGAGUGCUCAAUACUUUAACCAUGUCUUCUAUAUCCCGGUGUGUGACAAACAUUUUUUAUUUGGUGUCUAAUGAGAUGAAGAUGUUAUGACAAGCAUCUCUUUGCAAGGUUAGGCAUACAUCAUCUCUGGCAACCUAUGUUAGGAAAGCACUCUCAGCUUUGAGACAUGGAAAUGGAGAACGUGUUUGCACAAUUUAUGGAGAAAACACUCCAGAAGUAUUACCUGGUAAAGUGGGUCCGAUAGUUUCAUUCAAUGUAAAGAGACCAGAUGGGACAUGGUGUGGCUGCCGGGAAGUGGAAACUUUGGCCUCUUUGGCAGGAAUUCAGCUACGGGAUGCUUUUGCAAUCCUGGUGCCUGUGCAAAGUACCUUGGUUUAUCGCACAGGGAUAUUCUUUCAAAUAUUGAGGCUGGCCAUGUUUGCUGGGAUGACCAAGAUAUUUUAAAUGGAAAACCAACUGGAGCUGUUAGAGUAUCGUUUGGUUACAUGUCAACAUUUGAAGAUGCCAGGAAAUUCAUGGACUUCAUGGAAGGGUCCUUUGUGUCAUUUCAUUCCAUCGAAGGUGCUUUGAGUGCAAGAUCAUCUCCCCUUGUAAUGAAAGGAACUGAAAAGAUAGCAAUGUAUUUCCUCACAUCAAUUACUGUAUAUCCAAUAAAGUCAUGUGCAGGCUUUAGUACGGAUCAUUGGCCCCUGACAAGCACAGGGCUACUGCAUGACCGAGAGUGGCUUCUUAGGAGUGCCAGUGGGGAAGUCCUUUCACAAAAGAAGAAAUGUGUCAUAUCAAAACAUCCAUUGAUCUCAAGUUGGGAAUGCUGUUUGUUGAGUCUCCUCGCUGCAAAGAGAAACUGCAGAUUAAACUUAAUUCCGAUAUGAAUGAUGCAAUGUCUGAUGAAAUUGGCAUACAUGCGCAAAGGCAUGAGGUCCAAAGUUAUGGCAUUGAAGUCAACAGUUGGUUUAGCUAUGCUGUCGGUCAAUCUUGUACUCUACUGAGAAAUUCUGGAGCCGUGAGAUACACCUGCUCUAAGGUGAAUUCUAAUACAGGCAUUUGCAAGGGUGUUGAAACCAAGUUGAAUUUUGUCAAUGAGGCCCAAUUUUUAGUGGUAUCUCAGGAAAGUGUAGCCGAUUUAAACAACAGGUUACACUCAAGCACACAACAAGGCGCUUAUGGAAAGACAAUUGAAGUCAGUACUAUGAGAUUCCGACCCAACCUUGUCAUAUCCGGAGGCGAACCAUAUGCAGAAGAUGGAUGGGAGAGUCUUGAGAUAGGAGGGAAGAUAUUCACUUCUCUUGGGGGAUGCAACCGGUGCCAGGUGAUCAACAUACAUUCACAUGGUGGUGGAAAGGUGCAAAGGUCGAAAGAACCCUUGGCUACUUUAGCAACAUACAGGCGAGUUAAGGGGAAGAUACUGUUCGGAAUAUUGUUGAGAUAUGAAAAGGAUGCUACGAAGGAUUUCGAUCCAUGGCUCCAUGUAGGAGAACAAAUAUUCCCAAAUCGUCCUUCACCCUCGUCCUAACAGCUUUCCAUGGGAGGGUCAAAACAAACAAGGUGCAAUAGUAUGGAUUGGAUGUUCUUGCUUGAGUUGAAGAACAUAACUCUUCAUCAAACACAAUAGUCCUCGAAAAGUGCAGUACUAUAAUUAUAAUUCAGUCCUUCAACAUGACUAUCUCAACUCUCUUGUUGUAACAAAAAACUUUGAUUGCUUAGUUCAAACUUUAAAAAGCUGGCCACAUUUAUUUCCCUUAUUCCGUGUGGGAUUUGCGUUUGGAUUGGUUUCGUUUG